AUGCAUCCCAAAUACAACCUCAUCAUCCUCGAUUUUGACGGCACCAUCUUCGACUCCCACGCCGCCAUCGUCACCACCAUGCUGCGCACCUUCCAGCACUUCCUUCCGGACCACCCGCUGCCCCCGACCGAGGAGCUCAACCACCUCAUCGCGCAGGGCCAGAGUCCCGAAGUCACCUUCCGGGCCCUCCUGCAACAUCACCCGGCUGCACUGGCGGCAUUCGACGAGCUUGAAUGGGUCCGCACCUUCCGCGCCCUCUACGCCAUCCACGGCCAGCCCCUCACGCAGCCCUACCCUGGCGCCAUGGACCUGGUCCGCACACUCACCCAGGCGCACAAGAUCCCCGUCGCAAUCGUCAGCAACAAGGGCUUUCCCGCUCUGCGGGCCGGACUGGAGACGCACGGGUUCUUUGCGCCGGACUUGAUCCCGGAGGAGUUGGUGAUCGGGGACGGGGUGUUUCCCGGUGGGAAGCGCAAGCCCGAUCCCGCGGGGUUUGCGGAGGGAUUGGUGCCGAUGCUGCGGGGGUGGUUUGCGGCCCGGGGGGCUGAGACCCACCAGACCUGGUUGGAUGCCCCGGAGGGGGUGGACAUGCAGAAGGUGCUGAUGGUCGGGGAUACGAUGACUGAUAUCCGGUUCGCCAGGAACAUUGGGUGUCCGGUUGUUUGGUGCCGGUUUGGGCAGGGGAUCCACGCCGAGUGCGAGGCGGCCGGGCCCGAGUUUGUGGUGGAUGAUCUUCGCGAGUUUGUGGCGAAGGUGCUCGGAGGAGAUGAUCAGAGUUACUCUGUAAUAGAGGGUGAUACAUCAAUGACUAUCCAAGAAAUCAGCGCAAUGCAACUCUCCGGACACGGAUUCUACUUGUGA